GAGUUCACUGGAGGGAUUUCUGGUUACCAUGCAGCUAAUACGCUAGCAGGUCAGAAAACAAUUUACUAAGUCGCUACUCUUCACAAAUAAGUCAGUUCUAAGAACUUGAACCUCUCAGAGCUUUGAAACAGCAGUAUCACCGAAAAUGGACUUAGAAGAUGACACUACCGUGUUAACAACCCUGAGGUCAUUCAAUACCUUCAUCAGUCGUCCGGACAAUCCACAGCGGCUGUCGGAGCCCUCCACAGGGAGUGGGGCCCUGCAAAGCCAGUACAAACGCAGCAUUGAGCUUCUGGAAGCCGCAGAGAAGGUCCACUCUAAGAGCCGCUACCUCCAGUUAGACCAAGAAAAGAAACAGAUGGAGCUGAGUCACAAACGAGCUCGUUUUGAGCUGGAGAAGGUUGCCUCUGACAGUGCACGAGACUUGGAGCAUGAAGUGGACAGGAACCAAGGACUUUUGGGCAUAAUAAAAAAGUUGGAGGAGAGGGAGAUGGAAGCAAACAAAAACCUGUCAGAGCAGGUGGAGGCCAACCGAGCCCUCCGUAGAAACCUAGAGGGUAUGAGUAAGAAACUCGAGGAGCGAGAUACCAACCUGAAUACGGCCAACCAGACAAUCAGUUCUUUGAAGGAUGAGCUAAGAGAGCUUAAUCAGAAAAUUCAAAAUCAAGACUCAACGAUUUCUACCCAAACUUUGGAAAAGGAGGAGUUACAGGAACAGCUUGACUUACAACGGAGGAAGUAUCAGGAAGUCUCUCAACAAUGUCAAACUCUUCAAGCUGCCCAGUCCUCCUGCUCUGAGCACAUAAUCAAGAUUAAGGAGUUGGAGAGGCGUCUUGCUCUGCAGGAGCAGGACAUGGCAAUCGUGAAGACUGUUAAAUCAGAAGUGGCCAGAGUUCCAGAUAUGGAAAAGGAGCUGAAACACCUCAGAGAUGAAAAUGCUUUUCUAAGGGAGAGUAGAGAAAAUUGCAGCCUGUUGAAAGAGGAGGCGGAAGGACUUAGGAAGAAGUUGGAGAGGAUGGAGAAAACCAAAGAGGAUUUGGUCAACAUGGAACUGGAGAAAGAAAGGCUGGCUGAGAAGCUUCACGCAUGGGAAAACCUUGGCCAAUCCACUGGACUCAACAUAAGGAAACCAGAGGAUCUGUCCAGGGAGGUGAUUCAGAUCCAGCAGAGAGAAAUAGCUCUCAAAGAGCAGAACUACAGACUCAACAGCCGUGUGAGGACGGUGGAGCGUUCGCUGCCCGAGCUCCGCGCCGAGCUGCACCAGCAGGGCUGCAAGACCCUGGAGGAGCAGAAGAGGAGAGAGGCACAAGACGCCCUCGUCCGGCGCCUGCAGAAGCGAGUCCUGUUGCUAACCAAGGAUGAGCAAAGGGCGUCGACGUUUGAUGGGCACAUUUUUAUGUUCCAGGAGCGCGACGGAAUGCGUGCUAUACUGGAGUCGUACGACAGCGAGUUGGCAUCCACAGAGUAUUCCCCUCAGCUCAGUAAGCGACUCAGAGAGGCAGAGGAGGUCCUGCAGAGGACUCAGAACCACAACACAGAGAUGGAGGCAAGUAUACGGGCAUUCACGUGCUCAGCUGACCAAAGCACAGGAGGAGACUGGGGUGCUCAAAAUACAACUACAGACGCUGCGGCGGGGAUGGUGGAGCUGGAGCUGGAGUCUUUAAAGAAGCAGCAGGCUGCUACAGCUGACGGCAGCUCUUUAGCCACCAAAGAGGAGAUGAGCAUACUCAGGCAGAAGAUUGAAGAUUUAGAGACAGAGCGACAGCGUUUGGAGGAGCAGAAAAACACUCUGGAGAUGAGACUGGAGAGACAUAACCUGAAGGGAGGCUAUGAUCCAACCAAGACCCGGGUCGUCCAUUUCAAAAUGAAUCCAACCUCUGUUGCCAAGCAACAGCGCCAGCAGGAAGUGGAGGGUCUUCAGGAGGAAGUGGCGCGUCUCAGGGAACUGGUCCGUUCGCUGCAGGAUGGAGGCACGGGGGCGCAUUCCCACCAGGACUCCAGCCUUUACAACCCCAGCCUCAGCCUGAGUUUACCCCCGUCCAAGGAGGUGCUGGAUCUACGUAAGCAGAUGGAGUGCUCAGAGCUGAGGAACCAGAGGCUCAAAGAAGUGUUUCAAAAGAAAAUUCAGGAGUUCCGCACCGUUUGCUAUGUCCUGACAGGCUACCAGAUUGAUAUAACGACUGAGAACCAGUACAGGCUCACCUCGGUCUAUGCAGAGCACAUGAACGACUCCUUACUCUUCAAAAAGGUACCUGCUUUACUCCACUUUGCUUGA